UCCCUCAUUUUUUUUUUAGGGAGAACUUGACAUUCACAUGAUAUACAAAUCUGCUGGAGAAGAGGAACUGAGUGAAAUCUUUGGUGGAGAUUUACCGGAGCCACCUUUACCCAGUCCUCCUUUUCCUGGGUCAAAAGUCGUGCAUUGGAGAAAAAAGAGACAGGCUCAACGUUUUUCGCGCAGUGUAGAGGAUGAAACCAAAUACAUAGAGCUUAUGGUGAUCAAUGACCAUGUAAUGUAUAAGAGGCAUCGUCUUUCCGUUGGGCAAACGAACCACAACGCUAAGACAGUGGUCAAUUUAGCUGACAUGAUUUUCCGGAAACAGCUCAACACCCGGAUUGUUCUCGUCGCUAUGGAAACCUGGUCGGUGGACAACAAGUUCAACAUCGAUGACGAUCCCAUGGUGACGCUCAAGGAGUUCAUGAAGUACAGGAAGGACUUCAUCAAGGAGAAAUGUGACUCUGUUCAGCUCUUUUUAGGGAAUCAGUUUCGCAGCAGCUCGGGGUCAGCCUCCUAUAUGGGAGGAGUUUGUUCUCUCACCAAAGGAGGGGGAGUCAAUGAGUACGGUAAACAUGGUGAGAUGGCUGUCACCUUGGCUCAGUCUUUGGGUCAGAACAUCGGCAUUUUUUCUGACAAGAAGAGGAUCCUUAACGGUGAAUGUAAGUGCCCUGAUAAAUGGACAGGAUGUAUCAUGGGUGACGUUGGGUACUAUUUACCCCAGAGGUUUACUGAUUGCAACGUGGAGGAGUACCAUAACUUUCUGAACAGUGGGGGAGGAGCCUGCCUCUUUAACAAACCUAUGAAGCUGCUUGACCCCCCAGAAUGCGGUAACGGCUUUGUGGAGCCAGGAGAAGAGUGUGACUGUGGUACCCCAGAGGAAUGUGCCAACGAGGGGGGGAAUUGCUGCAAGAACUGCACUCUGACCAAAGGCUCCGAUUGUAGCAAUGGACUAUGCUGCAGAAACUGCCAGUUGGAAGUCAUGGGAGUUUUGUGCCGAGACGCAGUGAACGACUGUGACAUACCAGAGAAAUGCACUGGCAACUCCAGCCAGUGUCCACCAAAUGUGCAUAAGAUGGAUGGAUACACAUGUGAAAAAGAUCAGGGUCGCUGCUUCAAUGGAAAAUGUAAAACCAAAGACAGACAGUGCAAGUACAUUUGGGGAGAAAAGGCAACAGCAGCCGACAAGUUCUGCUACGAAAAGCUCAACAUUGAGGGGACAGAAAAAGGAAACUGUGGGAAGGAAAAGGACACCUGGGUCCAGUGUAACAAACGAGAUGUUCACUGUGGGUACCUGCUGUGCUCUAACAUCUCACCAUCCCCACGCCUGGGAGAGCUGCAGGGAGGACUCACCUCUUUCUCUGUUGCUCAACAUGGUUCCCCCCUGGACUGCAGUGGGGGGCAUGUGCUGAUUGACGGAGACACAGACCUAGGGUACGUAGAAGAUGGGACAGCCUGUGGGACGGACAGCAUCUGUUUGGAUCACAAGUGUCUAUCGGUUGAACAGUUCAACUUCAGCACCUGCCCAGGGACCACUGAUAAUACCAUCUGCUCUGGACACGGAGUUUGCAGUAAUGAGCUGAAGUGUGUGUGUGACCUGGGCUGGACAGGAGACGACUGUUACUCCAGGUCCCUCCUCAGUCAUCUUGUGGACGGACUAGCAGCUCCUAGUCCAGGGAUCACCAGCACCAACAUCAUAAUCGGGGCCAUCACUGGCUCCAUCGUCUUUCUGGCUCUCAUACUGGCAGUUACUGCCUGGUGCUACAAGAGCUACAAAAAGAGACGACACAAUGAGUCUGAGGUUCACAGAAAAUUCUGCCGACAAAUCCCCCCCGGUGACUAUAUCACCAAACCCGGGGAUGCAGAUUCCUUUUACAGCGACAUGCCUCCGGGUGUCAGCACCAACUCUGGAUGCAGCUCCAAGAAGAGGUCAGCCUGCCUGUCCCAGCUGCAGAUUUGCACACUGUCCUUCACUCCAUCCUUCCCAUCCAUUUCUCAGAACAUCUCAGUGUUUGGCUUCAGAUCUAAUGGCCUGUCACACUCAUGGAGCGAGAGGAUUCCAGAUGCCAAGCACAUCACCGACGUCUGUGAAAAUGGGAGACCACGAAGCAACUCAUGGCAAGGAAACCUGAGCGGUAAUCGGAAGAAGCUGAAAGGAAAGAAGUUCAGGGCUCGCUCCAACUCCACAGAGUAUUUAACCCCUCGCAACAAAACUGAGUUUUAUGAUGUAACUAAAUGGGUAGAGGAUGUGAAUAAAAACACUGAAGGACCUUUCCUUAGGACACUGUCCCCUGCCAAGUCCCCUACUUCAUCUACUGGAUCCAUUGCAUCCAGCAGAAGAUACCCAUACCCCAUGCCUCCACUGCCGGACGACCAGAGGAAAGCCAAUAGGCAGAGUGCCAGGCUGUGGGAAACAUCAAUAUAACUCUGACCCUGCAGAAAUAUCCUAAAGAAGUAUUCGUGCUCCGUUACUACAAAUGGACAACAGAAAAAAAAACUAAUAAAGCUGCACCACGGCUCCUAAAGAGAGAGAAAGUGAGACCCCUGAAUAGAAAGGAUGUAGAAGGAAAUCCGUUUGAGUUAGGGUGUACAGAUAUGUCUGAGGCGGCCUCUGUAAGAAGAUGCAGAGAAACGAGCCUCCAGGAGCUCGGCCCGAGCUGUUCGUUUUUACUCAAGCAUCAUAAAUGGAACCGGACCCCACUCUCCAUACCAUUUUCCCAGCUUUUCUCUCAUCACAGUCUCUGCAGACACACAUCCCACCCUGCCUAAGCCUUUGAAGCUCCUAUAAGAAGAAAGCAGAGGAGGCAAGAAGGAGCCACGGCAUCACUCCAAGUCUGCGCUGUCUGAUUUUUGCAGGAUGUGUUUAUAUAGAAAGUGCAGCAUUGUGUGCAUGAGAGAAGUACUGAUUAUCAGCUACAUCUUCUUGGUGUAAACAAGACAAGAAUAGCAGCUUGAUCUGAAGGGAAAGCAUGCAUCUGCAUUAUCAAUAACCCAAAAGUCACAUUUUGAUUCAGUCCUGCCCACCUUUUAUUCUUCUCCCCCCAAAAAUUUGCUAAUGUGUGUGUAAAUAUGUACAGUAAAAUACACACAGAGUAUGUCUGUGCUUUUAUUUUGAAAGACAAAAGCAUAGAGAAUACUUGGCUCUCUUUUUUUUCUGUAGACAGAGGCUGAUGUCUGUAGAUAAAUAUAAAGCAAUGCAAUGUUCUGUGAGGGUUUCUUUUGUUCCCAGGAGUUCGUCCUCACUUUAUCCAUCAGCAACAGAAUGUGUCUUUUUAUGUCAUCUUUGCAUUAUUUUCUAAUAAUCUCUGUGAUAAACUUGCAGAUGAUUGUGACACAUUGAGACUAUAGCUCAGAUGUUUCUGGACAAGUGUUAUUUUAGCAUAAUUAAGAUUUGAGGGGUUUUUUUUCGUGUCUUUUCUCAUUCAGGUAAAUGGAUUCAGAUGUGUUUGCUGUAGUUUGUAGAUGUACCACUUAUCACUCAUGUAGUAUUUUGGAAAUGUGCCCCUUGAUUGUACGUAGGAAUGUUUGGGAAAAAAUCUGCUGCCCUUUUUUUCACAGGGAAUCCCUCCCUUCACUUCUUUUGAAUGUCAGAUGGUUGGUUCAACUGUGCCAGGAUCUGGAUAUUUUUAAAUGUGCAUUAUUGGAUUCAGCUGUGAGGGUUAGAGAUGUUUAAGCCUUUGUAAAUGAUUAAUUAUGCUGUACAGUGCUUGCUGUUUGAGCUUGUGAAGACCAAUGGCAUGGCAGUUCUAUAACGAACCUUCGGUUAUAUCUCUGGUUGGCUAAUUGUGAGAUCAUUACAGGGGAAAAAAAAGAGCAUGUCACUGAAGGUCUUUAACCCUGCUCCCUUCAUCGUAAGGUUUCUGUCCCACUGCCGCUCAGCUGUGGGACCUCACAAAGUAGUGUUUCUGUGGCACCUGUGCAGCUAUUUAAGGUGGGCGUCUUGGUGCCUGCUUCCUAACAGCAAGUCCAAUGUGCGGUUAAGGCCCAUUGCUUUGCCUUGUGUGGAAGCUGUCUUCUUAAAGCCCUGAGUUUGCCAUUUUAUUAGUGUUUCUGUUCCGCUUUUACAUUUGUAAGCCAAAUAGGCAUUAGAUCUGCAUAGGGGAACCCAUCUUCACAAUACUGAACUGAUACUGCUUCAUACAUCCUGUUUUUCAAUGUCUUUUUGUAUGUUUUUUUUUUUUUUGUUAGCAUUACAGGGUUCCUACAGAUUAUUUGAAAAUCCCAGAAUCUUUCAGAAUCAAAUUGUCUCAGCAGUUUAAAACCUACUUUGGACAUUCAAGAUCAAAAAUAUUGACAUAAGGCACUGUAAAAAAAAAAAAAAAAAAAAAAGAUUAUGGGCUUCCAUUACAUAUUUCUUCUGUUUUGGCAUUUCUAUUGAGAUCUUCAUGCAUUUUCCAUCAUUACUGAAGGAUAUUCAGAUUAAAUAAACAAAUACAUAAAAAGUAGUUUUAAAUUACUAUGAAUUUCAAUAAAAAAGUGGUUCUACCUGAAAAAGUAAUUACCCCUAAAUCUAAUAAAUGGGGCUCUACCGUUGGUAACAACUGGAGUGGGAUAAUUUCACAUAGGGCCAGGUUGGUUUUGUUUUCUUCGACAAAUAAAAUAACCUUUUUGUUCCACACAAAGCCAGAUUGUUUAAGAACCACAAGUCUACUUUAAAAUCCUCAAUGUUGAGCUCUAGAUAAAUGUUAUCUGUGGCUUUACAUUCAUUCAGACUAUAACCACAAAUAAACUAGAUGAAACCGUAGGUUGUGAUUAUUACAAAUCUAGAAUUAAACUAAAACAAAGCAAAAAGUAAACAUGCAUAUUCAUCUUUGAUAAUAAAAAAAAUUAUAAUAGCUGGAAACGCAAUUGUUUUAAUACAGUUUUAUUUAAUUUCUUUUACUGACCCACACAAGGAAACAAAUUCCUGUUAGAAACUUUUACAAACUUCACGGACCAUGUAGGAACCCUGACAUUAUGUACAAAGAAUAUACAACUGUGGUUUGUUGUAAAAAAGUGGUUUGUUGUAUCAUUUUUUUUUUGCACUCCUUUUUCCUGAGGCAAGCCUCCUCUUUAGAGUUGCUGAGUAACGUUUUAACACAAUAACACUGUGUUGGAUGAAAACAUUUGUUGUGGCGUCCUGGACUUUGCACUGCACAGCCCUGGGAGCACAGUCUGUGAGGGGCGGGACCAUGCAGGCUGCAGGGAGGGUCUCCUUCCCACCUGUCUGUGGAUUCAGCCUGCACAGACAGCUGGACUGACCAAUCCAAACAGGACACAGUGUCAAACCCUCCAGAUGAGCUGUGGACUCCCUCUCUGGCCAGAAGCUUUGAAUGUAUUUGUGUACUCGAGCAGACAAAGUACUUUGUUGUGCUCCUGUCUGGCCAGACCCGUCUGCCCUCAACUCCAGGAACACUGCAGUUCUUUUUUUAUUAUUAUUUUUACCUGUGUGCUGUACAGACUAUUGAUGCAAAAAUCAGACCACUUAUUUUUUUCUCUUUAUCGUUAAGUAUUGUAAUAUAUUUAAUACAAAAUAAAACUUUCAUUCAAACACAA